AUUGAAGAGCCUGCGGACCUGUCUGCCCCUAUAGUUCUGUGUUCACCAGCUGGUACAGUCGGCUCACUACGCUCAUUUUUGAUCAUCAAGGAUGGACCCCCAAAGUUUGAAGGAAGAUCUGCGUCUUUUUCAGAGUACAUUGCUUCAAGAUGGACUAAAGGAGCUUCUAAAUGAGAACAAAUUAGUAGACUGUGUGUUGAAGAUUGGUGAUCGAAGCAUCCCCUGUCAUCGGCUGAUCCUAUCAGCGUGUAGUCCUUAUUUCCGUGAACUUUACUUUUCAGAGGAUGGAGAGGAGUCACAGGAAAAGGAGGUUGUUCUGGAAAAUCUGGAUCCCAAUAUUAUGGAGUUGAUUGUAAACUACAUGUACUCAGCUGAGAUUGACAUCAACGACAACAACGUCCAGGAUAUUUUGGUGGUGGCAAAUCGCUUUCAGAUCCCAUCUGUGUUUACGGUGUGCAUUAACUACCUUCAGAAACAGCUGUCACAGAAAAACUGCCUGGCAGUCUACAGACUAGGCUUGAUGAUAAACUGCCCCCGACUGGCAAUAGCUGCUAGAGAUUACAUUGCUGAUCGCUUUCAGCAGUUGUCGAAAGAGGCAGAAUUCCUCGAGCUCGCCCCACAUGAAUUGUUUGCUAUAAUUGGAGCAGAUGCCUUAAACAUAGAAAAAGAAGAGGAAGUAUAUGAGAUCUUGCUAAAGUGGGUUAAGAAAGACAAAGCAAAUCGUACCAAAAGCUUGAGUGAAGCAUUUGACUGCAUCAGAUUUCGGUUGCUACCAGAAAAGUUCUUCAAAGAAAAAGUGGAGAAGGAAGAACUAUUUAAGGCUGAUGCUGAGAUACAGAAAAAAAUCAAAGCAAUCAAAGAUGCAUUUGGGGGUAAACUUCCAGAAAUUCAGAAGAGUCAAGAUGGAAGUGAUGAAGAGGGAGGGAAGCUGCCUGGGUAUUUGAAUGAUAACCAGCGAUAUGGCAUGUUUGCAAAAGACAUGCUUCUGAUGGUCAGUGACACAGCCGCUGUGGCCUAUGAUGGACAAGAGAACGAGUGCUUUCUGGUGGCCAUGUCUGAGCUGGUCCCACGAAAUCAUGUCUGUCUGGUGACAAAGAAAGGCAACUUGUACAUUGUAGGAGGGCUUUUUGUGGAUGAGGAUGAAACACAGAAUCCACUGCAGUGCUACUUCUACCAGUUGGACAGUCUUGGUUGCCAGUGGGUUGCUUUACCACCUAUGCCUUCCCCAAGAUGUCUGUUUGGUCUAGGAGAAGUGGACAACCUCAUCUUUGCUGUGGCUGGUAAAGAUUUACAGACAAACGAGUCGCAUGACACAGUCAUGUGUUACGAUAUUGAAAAAAUGAAGUGGAGUGAAUCAAAGAAGUUACCAUUGAAGAUUCAUGGCCACAGUGUUGUCUCUGAGAAUGGAAUGAUUUACUGUUUGGGAGGAAAAACAGAUGAAAAUAAAACAAUCAAUAAGAUGUUUGCAUACAACCACAAGAGGGCGGAGUGGAAGGAGUUGACUGCUAUGAAAACUCCUAGAUCAAUGUUUGGAGCAGUUAUCCAUAAAGGGAAGAUUAUUGUUGCCGGGGGGGUCAACGAAGAUGGGCUCACAUCUGGGUGUGAGGUCUAUGAUUUUGGAACAAACAAAUGGUCGCCCUUCCUAGACUUCCCCCAGGAGAGGAGUUCAGUCAACCUGGUAAGCUGUAGUGGACAGCUGUAUGCUGUAGGAGGCUUCGCUAUGGUGAUGAAUGAGGACAAAGAGUGCACUGCGAAUGAGAUGGUUGAUAUUUGGCAGUAUGAAGAGGCCAAGAAUGAGUGGAGUGGUCUAAUUAGAGAGAUGCGUUAUGCUUCUGGAGCAUCUUGUGUGUCUAUGCGUUUGAAUCCAGCCAAAAUGCCCAAGAUGUAAACUGAAGAAAAGAUAUCAUUUGUACAGUAUAAAUCUUUUAUCCAGAGUGCAUUUACAGCAAGACAAAAUAAGUGUUCAAUUGUUAUACUUUUUAAAAAUAGUAAACUAGAGAAGUAAAUAAAUUUGCAUUUUACAUAAAAAAUAUGUAUUACACACGCUCACAUAAUUUCAUUUGACAGAAAUUGGUAAAAAAAAUCCAUAGCACUUUAAACACUUUAAUACUAUAGUCUCUUUGGAAUGACUUUCCAAACAAGAUGUAACAUUCUAGAAAUAUGUUCGUUAUAAAGAACAUUCCCUAAAUAUUUUCUUUUUUAAAUAAUUCUUCCAAGCAUCUGCCGUUGACAGCUCCAUAGAAUUCCAUUCAAAGUGAGGAAUCUACACAAAAAAAUAAAAAUAAAAUAGUAGUGAUAGUGUAAAAUGUCUAUGUCAUGGUAUGACAAUAGAAAAUUAUGUUUAUAUCACUGUCACUGUCUCACCUGAAUAACGCAAUAUCCCAAAAUCUCCAGGUGCCUUUUUCUCAUCAAGGUUUCUCCUUUCAUGUUACGAGAGUUUUUACAGAAUGACUUUGAGUCAAGAAAAUCCACAGCAAGUCUAGGACACAAAGAACAUUAUAUUGACACUGACACAUUGGGUGCAUAGUCCAGUAUUUUAGACACUUCAGCUUUCCUCAAAGUCAAAAUGUAUUACCUCUGAGCACCAGGGGGCAGCUCGUCCCUUUUGUUAGAGUGCGAGUCCCCCCACUGAACCUGCCCUGUGCUGGGAAUAGGUAGUGCACUUGACUCAACAUAAGGCAGUGGUUUAAGUUCCUUGUCCAGUAUGCAUUCGAAAUCUACAGAUAAAAUAGUGUUAGACUUAGAAUGUGCUCCUGAGGUAUAAAUUCACAGUCAUACACCGUUAAUCUUAACCUUUAUGUAACUUACCAACAGUGUAGAAAUAAGGAGUGAGCACAGCUAUUCUGACAUAGUUAAUUCCGCCAAGGACUUCUCCGAGCAUUUUGUGAAUCUGCUGCUGUAGAGGGUUGAUUGACCCAUUACCUAGGAAACAAUGCACUUAUUGAAUAAAUAUUUCAAAUCAC